GGGAGUGUACAAAUGUGUAGGUGUAUAUACUGUAUAUAGUGUAUAUAGUGUGAGUGACAGGAGGAUGAGACUCACUCACUGAGCAUGGCUGAACUAUACAUCUCUCUGCUGGUGGCUGCUCUCUGCAUUGGCACAGCCGUGUCCCUGCAAUGCUACACGUGUUCCCUUGUGAUCAGCAACGCCAACUGUAUGACCCCGACCAACUGUAGUUCAACCGACACCUUCUGUAUGACCAGUGUGGUUUCUUCCUCGGAAUAUGAGCUCACACUCAUCAAUAAAAUCUGCACGUCGAGCUGCACUCCAUCCGCCACCAACAUUCGCUCGAACAAGAACCAAGUUUCCUGCUGCAGCUCCGACCUGUGUAACGUCAGCGGCUCCUCUGCUGUAAAAUACAGUUUCCCUGCGCUGGGUCUGUCCCUCGGGUUCCUAUUGGUCCUGCUCAGAAGCUCCGCCCAGUGAUGCCCCUCCCCCAGGCUGCACUGACAUAUGAGCAUCGCUGACAUUUGUCACAAUAUUUGGGGAAUCACAAGUGUCAGAAUCAAAUUGAAAACUUUCAUCUUUAAAAAUAUUACAGAAGAGGCGGGGCUAUAAUUAAUGGUUUGUGGUGAGAGGCAAGGGGUCCCCUCAUAUCUCUGCCCCCCUGGCCCCCUCCAUACCUCCCGACUGUCCCAUUUUGAGCAGGACAGUCCCAUUUUUGACAGCUCAACCCGCAGUCCCCCGUUACUAAUGGAAAGUCCCGAUUUCUCUGAACUGAACAAAUAAGAUACAAAGUCUCUAACUUCAUUGGCUGUUGGCAGAGAGCCCAGAAUAGACACUUAGAUACAAAUGUAACAGUUUUUUUCCUUUGGAAGAAGUCAGACUCACCGCUUAAAGGGCAACUCACCUUCAUUGUAAUAAAACAUAAAAACUA